UAACGGUUGGCUUGCUUCUAUAACUUGUUUAUGCAGACAUUCAAGGACUAUUUUGAGGUCACCUUCAUCAUCUCAUCUUGGCAAAACAAAACAGAUCUAGUGGUUUUCACCCUUAAAAGCUGUUCUUCCUGCACCGGCUUCUAGGCAGUCCAUCUCUGAUUUGGGUUAGAGACUGUGGCCCUGCUAGCAGUCUUAAAUUUUUGCUUAGUUAUACUCUGAAUCAAGUCUAGGGAUCUCGAACUCCACUACAAUUGGCAGUGGCUUAGUCACAACGGACAGCAGCUUCCAGCGUCUUGAUGCUGUCGCUGGUUAUGAAAAUCUGUUUGCAGCGAGAAUUCUUACAGCCACAUUAAGAGGUAAGGUCAGUUGCAGCCUGUGGCAUCAUGUUUGGUACUGGCUGGUGCCAAUUCCAAUGACGCGGCUACGAUAUCCUCCGCGGCCCAACACCCAGGUUCUGACGUCUCUGCCUCGAGGGCUUCUGCCGGGCUUCUCGGACUGCGUUGAGCCGUGGGGAAGAAACCCUCUGCGGAGAAGCCACACAGAAGAAAGGCUUUAAUGGCCAAGAGACCACCGACGCGUGGUCCUCCGGGGUCCAGAGCGUCCCGGAAUCGAAGGGGCGGGACUUCCCAGAGGCGGAGCACUUCCGGCCGGCGCGCGGUCGGCCUCCUCCCUCUCGCAAGGUCCCAGGUGCACACUCCUUGAGCAGGUCUUAGAAAGAUGGCAGCAUUAGAGGACACUGAGGAGGCCACUCCCGUCCUGUCACCCAGCAGUCUGUCACCACCAGGGACACCUGGAGACCAGCGCCAUGUGGCACUCCACGGGCAUCCUCACGACCCUGAGCGGGAGCCCGAGAAGACCCCAGCCUCUCCCAAUGCCGGCAGUCCUGGAGAUGGUCUGGCCUCAGAUGGGAGGGCACCGGAGAGCCCCUUGAAGACUCUUCCCAGCAUGUCUGUGUGUGAGGAUGGCGUCAGCCAGGAAUGUAGCUUGGAGCAGCCAGCAGGCCAGCCUCCAGGAACCACGCCCUGCUCUCAGAAAAAGGACACUUGGCACAUGGUACUCUUGCCACAGGGGGCCCCAGGGACCGAGGGCAGCACCAAGAAGACUGCGGAACUGGGCAGUAGCUUGGGCCGAGACUGCCGGCCAACGGGCCCUCGGGGCACCAAGCCGCACCGCUGUGAGGCCUGCGGGAAAUGCUUCAAGUACAACUCUCUGCUGCUGAAGCACCAGCGCAUCCACACCGGGGAGAAGCCCUACGCCUGUCAUGAGUGUGGCAAGCGCUUCGGGAGCUGGUGGGGCUUCAUGCAGCACCACCGCAUCCACACGGGCGAGAAGCCCUACCAGUGCGGCCAGUGCGGCCAGGCCUUCAGCCACAGCUCCCACUUCACACAGCACCUGCGCAUCCACAACGGCGAGAAGCCCUACAAGUGUGGCGAAUGCGGGCACGCCUUCAGCCAGAGCUCCAACCUGGUGCGCCACCAGCGGCUGCACACGGGGGAGCGGCCGUACGUGUGCAGUGAGUGCGGCAAGGCCUUCAUCUGGAGCUCCGUGCUCAUCGAACACCAGCGCAUCCACACGGGCGAGAAGCCCUACGAGUGCGAGGACUGCGGCAAGGCCUUCCGCGGCCGCUCGCACUUCUUCCGGCACCUGCGGACUCACACCGGCGAGAAGCCCUUCGCCUGCGGCACGUGUGGCAAAGCUUUUGGCCAGAGCUCUCAGCUCAUCCAGCACCAGAGGGUGCACUACCACGAAUAGCGCACCCCCCAGUAAAGUCUGUGGGUAAGCUUGCUCCUCGUUUGAGCGACGUGGGGAGGCUUUACAGGUACACGGCAGGACGUGUCCAGGGUCCAAGUGCGAUGGCUGAAGAAACUCCAUUUUAUGCUAGCUAUCCAUCUUGGUACCCACUAGCCAUUUGUCUCUAACUCCAGUCCCCGGAAGGUAAGUUCUCAGCAACCCUGACUCAGUGACCUCCCCGGCCUCCCCUACCCCCGAGAUGUACAGCUAUGACCAUCUGCUUACUAUGAUAUGAGUAACUGCUUUUUGGCUUCUGUAACCUGCUUAUGCAGACAUUCAAGGACUAUUUUGCGGUCACCUGGACCACCUUGGCAGAACAGCACAGCUCCUGGCUCAUUUUUACGGAUGCUCAAGGUCUCCUUGUGGGUUUUGUCAUUAAAAGUCCUUUUGCCACCCACUUCACACGGUAGUCUCUGGUUUGGCUCAGACAUGGUUGUCCUGCCGGCAGGUUCAAUAAAUUUAACUAAGCAUAA